AUGCCUCCAAAAAGAACUAGACAUAGUUUAUGGUAUACUGCACCUUUCGGGGACGUCCCCCAGCGAAUACGUGUCGAAAAGCUCCCUGACAGCAUUCAUAACAUUCAAAACGAAAUCGUAGGCAGAGAAAAACUGUCGUGUGCUGCGGGCACGAUUAUUCUCAAAGUAAAGGCUCCUGAAGACAACCAAUAUAAAUUGUUAAACGAUGCUUUAUUCCAUGAACAUGAAGGAAAUUUCGUCAAGUUAAAAGACUUUUUUAAGAUAUCAAAAAUCCCUUCGGUUGAAGAAGUCAGUAAAUGGAGCCCCAAGAACGUCAUUACUUUUCUGGAGACUAAGAAGGAUGAGUUGUUUCUCAGAGAUCGAGAUAUUAAAGUAUUUGAAGAUAACUGGGUUGCUGGCCGCGCCUUCCUUAAGUUGAGUCAGGAAGAGCUUGAACGAUGCGGAAUGACAAUGGGUCCAGCAAAAACGAUUGUAGACCUAAUCAAAGAAAUAAAGGGCGAGCGAGAAGUUACGUUUGCACCGAAAAAAAGGAAGUGGACGGUAAAUAGUGCGAUUACACGAGAAGAGCGCUCUAUAGUCUAUUAUGCGGACCCAACAGAACGGAAUGGCCCACUUCUUGAGUUAAUUCAUCGGGGUGAGUUUGUAGCGUUAUACGGGCCACGAGCCUCGGGGAAGUCUACACGGGUGCUUGCAAUUCAAGAUCAGUUGCGAAAUGAAGGAUUUGUUUGCAUUUAUACAUCUUUUGAGCAUGUCGAGGUCAAGGGGGAUAUAGACACCUUCUGGCGGACACUUGGUAUGGCUCUCCUUCGCAAUGCUCAUGGGAAUGGCAUUUCCGUUUCAGAAAUCGAUUCUGCACAGGAUUUUCUCAAAGCGUUUCAGCGCGAUCAGUGGGAGCACAAUGUUGUUCUCCUUUUUGAUGAGUUUGAUGAAUUGUAUAGAGCAAGUGAAGAUGUUAAAUCAUCAUGCCUGAAGACUCUGCGUGGCAUCAGAAAUGACAAAAGCUCAUUUGCUAUCUUUUCUGUUGUUGCCGUCGGUCCGUUUAGUAUUUUAUAUCUGAAUUCGAAAGAGUUGACUACAUCACCUUUCAAUGUCAUGACACCAUUUCAAAACCCAAACUUUACUCGAGAACAAGUACAAACAUUAUAUGAAGAAUUUAUGAAAGAAGAACGUAUAACCAUCGACUCAGAAAUUAUCGAGGACAUAUAUAUGCAGACAGGCGGCCAUGCUGGACUCGUCUGCCUAUGCGGGCGCACCAUUUAUAGGAAGCUUAUGAAAAAACUAGUAGAGGGAACGCACUUAAACUAUGACACAUGGCAACGUUUUUCAGCCUUUUCACUGGGGAAUGAGGUUACAGAGUAUUCAACGUUUAUACGGAUGAAGAAUGCUCUUCUGAGGGAAGAUUCUAAGUGUGCUAUGAAACUCUUUCGAUCAGAUUUCCUGGCGAAUAUCGACCCUGUACAUGUUGCUGAUGACCAAAGGGAUUUAGCUUUAUUCCUCACAGCUGAAGGAGUCCUAGUUCCCGGAGAAGAAGCUGGCACCUUCAAGAUUUCCUCGCCCUUAGUGCGCUGGCUAAUCCUUCAAAAAGUAAUUCCCAAGGUGUUUCCCUCCUCCCCGAAAGUCGAAGUACCUUACCGUUCUUCUCCACGUACUCUGGAUAUUCUCGAGAUCUUGAAACAGGCUGUCUGUACGUUUGAUAGAGGAAACAUGAUUUUGGCAUAUUUACGUUCAUUCAAGAGGGCGUAUGUGAAUGUGAAUAACGUUAAAAACGAAUGUGUACCCAAAGAAAGCGUAUACGAAGCAGAGCUGUACCGAAUCUUGUCGAAUUGGCUCAUCGGUUUUAAAAUUACGGGACAAUGGCAUAUAGUACGUUAUAGUAACGGACGUAAUCAACACAAAUACAGUGAUAUAGUUAUUGAUUCGCCUGGAUAUCCAACGGUUGUACUUGAGCUGUUGGCAACAGCAAAACGGAACGAGCUCGACGAACAUUUUUCACGAGUUCUUAUUUACGCAAAUGAACUCUCGGCCGAGGAGGCUUGGAUCGUCCAUUUUACGUGCGAAGACGAUGUAACCGAGAAUCCUUAUUGGCCGGGUGAUAAUGAACUUAAAAAAGGCCUUCGAGUUGUGCAUUUCUGGCACGAUAUCAACUUUACAAAAAUUGGUGUGGUCGCAUGCUGGUGGGACGCGAAUGGAAAUACGAAACGUAUCACUGAUGUCGAAGAGUUUAUGGUACGUUCUGUUUGA